UCUCCAUGCUGAUUGGGUUUGGAUGCAGCACUCAGCUGCUGUCGGAGAUGUACGGUAUCAUUAUGUCUCCGGGCUUCCCAGAGCCGUAUCCCAGAGACACUGAGCGAAACUGGAACAUUAGCGUUCCUGCAGGGUUCCGGAUCAGCCUGUUCUUCACCCAUUUUGACCUGGAACCAUCCUACCUGUGCGAGUAUGAUUAUGUCAAGGUGGAGGCAGAGGGGAAGGUGCUGGCUGUGUUCUGUGGGAAGGAGGAGACGGAUACAGAGCAGGUACCGGCCCAGCGGGUCAUCACUUCCCAUAGAAACUCCCUCAGCAUCCGGUUUUCUUCGGAUUUCUCCAACGAGGAGCGGUUCUCCGGCUUCGUGGCUCACUACAGCGCUGUGGAUGUGGACGAGUGCAGCGAGCACAGCGACGAGGAGCAGCUCUGCGAUCACUUCUGCCACAACUUCAUUGGGGGAUACUACUGUUCCUGUCGCUAUGGAUACCAGCUGCACACAGAUAACCAUACCUGCAGAGUGGAUUGCAGCGGUGCUGUGUUCAGGGAACGCUCUGGAGUGAUCAGCAGCGUUAAUUUUCCCGCUCCUUAUCCAAAGAGCUCCAACUGCUCAUACCAAAUCGAGGUGGAGGAGGGAUUCAGGCUCCAUCUCCAGUUUGAUCCCCGCUUUGACGUGGAGGACCACCCAGACGUCACCUGCCCCUAUGACUACAUUAAG